AUGGAUUACACGGUCUCAGGGACCGAUUCCCUGGAAAGUAUUGCUGCCGCUCAUGAUUGUACAGUUGGUGAAUUGAUGAAACUAAAUCGGAUGAGUUCUCGAAUGGUCUUUCCCGGCCAGAGGAUACAGGUCCCUUUCUCUUCUCGGGACGACGUCUUUGAAAAUGAUGCUCCUAUUACCUCAACCCCUCGUCACGGCAAGCCAAUAGCAGGUGUGGAAAGUGCUGCCGAUGGAAUACGUAAAGGACCAGGCGGUGCUGUUCCAGCACAGCAACAUCGUGGCGGUAGUCUGAUGAAAACCCAAAGUGCUCCGUUACCCGCUCCUGACGAAGCUGAUUCCGACUGUCUUCAGCGGUUUCUGAAAAUCAAGGUGAAGCAAGUGACUGAAUCUGAUGGUACUGUGUCAGGUACUCUUCUCGUCACUCCUAAUUGCCUGAUGUUCGAUCCGGAUGUUAAUCAUCCGUUAGUCAUAGAGAAUGGACAGGAUUUGUACGGAAUGGUGAAGCAAGUGACUGAAUCUGAUGGUACUGUGUCAGGUACUCUUCUCGUCACGCCUAAUUGCCUGAUGUUCGAUCCGGAUGUUAAUCAUCCGUUAGUCAUAGAGAAUGGACAGGAUUUGUACGGAAUGGUAGCGAACAUGGACGAAAUCGUCUCCGUUUCCGUUUACAAGGAAAUCAGCGGUUUGACUGGUGACAAAGAGGAGAAAAAGAAAGAUAUUUUUGAUCCAAACCAUGUGAGAACACCAGCUACGUCCGUUUCUCAACAGGUUGGUGACUUUCACAUUUAUGUCAUUUCAUGUGAGCUUUUAAAUUGUAUUCAGGACAAUGGCGCCGGUGACAUAGGUCUACCAUCGUCUGGUAGUGAUCCGCCACAAACGUCAACGAAAGGUGGAAGUGAAAUUUUCUUGCCAUGUAUCAACGAAGAAUCACAUAAUGCCAAAUCACCCGAUGAGGAUCGUCGAACGCGAACUGUUAGCGACAUGGUAACUGCAGAAGAGUACGCUCAAGUACAUACGCGCAAGCGGUCGUCAACGUCGUCGUCAUCACAAGAUGUAACAGACCGUCCACGAUCCUACUCGGAACUGGACGCAAGUCAACCUCCAGGAUCCAUUUCGCGUUUUUCGCCGAAUGCGGCGCGACGCUCGUUUGGUAAACUUGGACGGACUUUAAGUAUGAGCCUAGCCCUACGAAUUGAGCAGAAGAAGAAAACCGUUUACGCAGCUGCUUACAAAGCAGGUAAGUAUAAGGUGGAAACUGCUGAAGUAUAG